AUGUCGGACACUGAGGAUCAUGUUGCUCCUCAGAAUGCAGACGACUUGGCAGCUGACAGGGAAGCAGCUGCAGCCAUCAUCAGUAUUCCUCAUCCUUCUGAAGAUGUGGAAGAACCAGAUGAAAUUUAUGAGCAAGACUACGAAGUAGAGGUCUUCACCACUGAGAGCGAGACGCCAGACACGCGGAGUGAACGAAGCAUUUCAGCUGAAAAAUUUGAUUCCAGACACGGUGAACGGUUUGGGCCCUCUGACAGCACCAGUGUGAGUAUGCAAUCUCUGGAUCAAGAUCAGCAGCACCUUGAUUACCCGAUCUCAGAAGAAGACCCCUUAUCAUUUCUGAAAAAAGUAAAAGUCGCAAAGGAGAAUGUGUGGAGGAUGGUGAAAGAAGCUUCAACAACAGUAAAAGUUGUACUUAUUCCUGUAGGCCAGGAAAUUAAAAUGCCUUUAAGAAUUGAUGCCCCACUUAGACUCCUCAAGGACCACUUUUCACACUUGCUGUGCAUCCCUCAGCAAGCACUGCAGCUGACACUUGCAGGCAACAUUGUUGGCAACAAUGAUACUUUAUUACGAUUUGGAAUUAAGCCACAAGAAGCUGCUCAGGUAGAGAUAUGUUCCACCCAACCUGAACAAUAUCCAGUCAAGAGGAUAGAGGGCUUGAGUGAGGGCUCCCAGAUAAUAACGGUCACCAUACAGACAAGCCCUGAUCACUAUGAGGAGAUAGCUGUUGAGAUAAUAAAAUCUGACUUCCACAAGCCAUUUCUUGGUGGAUUUAGACAUAAACUAACAGGAGUAGAAUUUCACAAUGCUGGAACACAAACCGUACCUAAAAAGAUUCCGGAAAAGCCCAAUCUGUUUUGCAGGGACACCCAGACAGUUUUUCAGAGAAAAAAGUUGCAACAAACUACAAAUACAACAUCCACUCAGAUGACUAAAAUUGGUGUGUAUGUAUCAAACUUGACUGAUAAGCUGCUCAAGCCGUCGAGGUACUUUUCAGCAAAACAGUACCAUGAUAUGAGGCUGCGUGCGGUGUUGGUGAUACAGACCAACUACAGGCGCUGGCAUGCUAAGUGCUAUGUAGACAACUUAAGAAAACAAAAGCAACUAAGAUUGGAGUGGGAAGAGGAGGAAGAGCUCAAGAAGGUCAGAGAAAAGGAAGACUGGAUACAAAUGGACUAUUACCGCAGGCACAACCCUAAAACAAAAGAAGACUUUGAGCUCCUUUACAACGCUCUGGAACUUUGGCGGCAAGAAGAACUUGCACAAAUUGACCAGUAUUUGAGUCAAGCUGAAAGGAAGGCUGCUCUGUGCGAACUUUUGGAGAAGGAGACACAGAUAAUUGCCUCCAUUGGGAGGCACAGGCAGGCUGCUGAUAUGGAACGCCAGGAAAUAGCUCUGCAUGCCUUUCUGGAUAAGUGUUCAGCUCCAAAGGUCUGGAGAAGACCUGACGGCUCUGUUCUCGAGAUGGACACACAGUUCACCCUAAGAGCUAGAGAGCUGCGGGGCAUCUACAACUGUAUCAUGAUGAAAGACCUUUCUCAGGACGAGCGGCUGGACAUCCUCCUGACGCUUAAGCACACAGUGAAGGAACAUGAGUGUAAACUGACCCAAGAAAUCCUAGAAUUGAUUGACAGAGAAGUUGACCUCAUGAUGAGGGGAGUCAAACCUCAAAAUCUUGAAGGACUCAGAAAAAGAAUUACAACACUCUUUUUUCACUACAUCAAAACCCCCCUGUUCAACCCUGAAGUUGCAAGAUACCUUAAGGUCCCUCAAGACCCACUGAAGUUUUAUGACAAGAUUUACUUUUGCCACAGUUGCCAGUUGUAUUUGCCGUCUGUAGAGUUUUCUGUGUCGCCCACCUUACAGCGGGUGUACCGCUGCCGCCAGUGCGUGAACCUUGAGAACGAGACUCAGAAGCGGGAAUCAUUUUUGAAGUACAAGUUUCUGCUCCAGCGGCUCUACCACUCAGAAUCUGCCUAUGGGGAUAACUCGCAGAUUGCUUUUCUGAUGCAGCUUCAGGAUAUUAAGUACUUGACAGAGAAUAUCUGGGCAUCCCAGUCAAUCCUCAGUGCCUGGGAUGACCUCAAUGACCUGGUCCUGGUCAGGUGGGAUAAGAAUGUGGAGUGGUCCCCGUGGAACUGCAUUCUCCUCACCAAGGAUGAAGCCAAAGCUCAUCUCAGGCUAGAGAGCAUCCAACAGGGGUAUGGACAUGUUUUUCAUCACAAGAUCAAGCACAAACAUAUCCUGGCUAAAAACUAUUUUUCUCAGGUUCCAGUGCUGGCUGCCCUUUUACAGGAGGAUGAGGAAAUAGAGGAGAUCAGAAGUAAAUACUUCACAGUGAAGCCACCCAAAAUCAUAGAAGCCCAUGGGCCUCAACAGGAGUAGACCCAGGAACAUCAUUUGAUGAUGAUCCCUUUCGUUCUCUACUAAAAGAGCAUUGCAGAGGUUAUGGACAGUGGAAAAUCACCUUUGUAUUUCUGUUGGUAUUAUCUGCUUCAUUCAUUGUAUUUUAAGUUAUAUGAAUAGAAACAACUAUGUAUACAGGAACCAUUUUUUGGUGGCUAGUGUUAAAUUAACUUGUAAUUUUGUUACUAAGAUUAAUGGUUAAAAGGAACAUUUUAUUUAGUCUG